AUGGGCUCCUCGAUUGUGCACCUGGCGUGCAUCGGGCUGCUGGCCACCAGCUUGCUGUGCGCUGCCGUUGCCAAGGAGGAAGGGCUGAAGGCGACAGAUGUGGCUGAGGACGUGUUGACUUCCCGUAAGCUCCUUCAUGAGGGGGAGGAGCUGGGCUGCCAUUGCGACCAUGAAGACCAUGAGGCCCACGAGUGCCCGUGCCACCUGGACACCACAUGGCUGAAGAACGGCGAGUGCCCGGCCUGCCCUGUGUACGGCUGUGGGGAGUGCGACCCCCUGAAGUGUGACGAGUGCAAGAGGUGCUGCGAGGACAACGUGCUGUCCGACGACAGGCAGACAUGCUCGUGCCCCACCUGCGACAUCCCCAAGUGCCUGGAGUGCGACGCCAUGAACUGCGACAUGUGCCUGGUUUGCGCCCAGGGGUACGAACUGGAUGAGGAGAGGAAGUGCCAGUGCACGACGUGCCAUGUUCCCGACUGCCAGAAGUGCACUGUGGACAGCUGCUACGUGUGCGACACAUGCGAGCCUUUCCUCACCUUGUCUGAAGAUCAGAAGACCUGCGAGUGCCCAGAGUGCGCCAUCGAGGGGUGCGUGAAGUGCAGCACCAAGAAUUGCAACGAGUGUGAGGAAUGCUACGGCAACGCCGAGCUGUCCUAUGACAAGAAGAGCUGCGGCAUCAACUGCACGCCCGAGAAGUGCGCUGCGGCCGUCCCCCACUGUGAAAAGUGCGACAAGGAGUGCGCGACUUGCCUGGAGUGCCAGUACGGGUACGAGCCCAUCGUGCUGGAGUACGAGACGAUCUGCAAGUGCGCGGCGUGCGAGGUGGACUACUGUGAGGAGUGCAACCCGGAGAACUGCGACGAGUGCCUGAAGUGCAAGGAUGGCUACGGCAUGGCCACCUACGAACCGGGCUACGAAGAGUUGCCGCCCACGUGCGUGUGCAACCCCUGCGAAGUCAAGCACUGCGCCGUCUGCGACCCUGCGGAUUGUUCCAAGUGCGUCGAGUGCUACCCGGGCUUCCUCGAGCACGAGGACGGCAGCUGCAAGUGCGAGACCUGCGAGGUGCCCGGCUGCGUGACCUGCGAUCCCGACGACUGCACCACUUGCCAAGUCUGCGCGGACACCCACGAUCUCCAGGACGACGGCACCUGCACUUGCCAGACCUGCGAUAUUCCCUACUGCACCGCCUGCGACCCGAACGACUGCUCCGUCUGCGUGGCCUGCGCCGAUGGCUACACUCAGAUGGAGUACGGCGGGGAGUGCGUGUGUGAGGCUUGCGACGUCCCUCACUGCAGUGAGUGCAGCACGGCCGAUUGCGGAGUCUGUGCAAUCUGCAACGAGUACUACGGCCCCAGCGGCUACAACGACUGCCCUUGUGAGUCGUGCGAGGUGGACAACUGCAAGGAAUGCGACCCGGAAAACUGCGACGCGUGCAAGACCUGCAACGACGGCCUGGUCCCAGACGAGUACGGCACUUCCUGCGUGUGCGCGGAGUGCAGCAUCGAGAACUGCGAGGUCUGCGAUCCCAACGACUGCAACGUGUGCGGCGAAUGCAAGGAGGGCCUGGUGGGCGCGGAGUACGGCGCCAAGUGCGUGUGCGACGGCUGCGACGUGGUGGGCUGCGACAAAUGCGAUCCCGAGGACUGCACCAAGUGCGACACGUGCACACCGCCGCUGGUGCCGAACGACGACGCCACCGCAUGCGUGUGCCCCGACUGCCAGCUGGAUUGCUGCGUGGAGUGCGACAUCGACUACUGCGACUCCAAGUGCAAGACAUGUAAGGACCCCAAGGUGCCCAACGCCAAGGGCCAGUGUGAGUGCCCCGACCCCGAGAUACCCUACUGCGCAUCCUACAGCAAGACGGAGUGCGGCCUCUGCGACGAGUGCCAGGUGUUCUACAAGCUGUCGGACGACAGAAAGAGCUGUGGCUGCCAGUGCGACUCCAUCAUUGGGUGCAAGGCGUGCGACGAGAACUGCAGGUGCACGGAGUGCGACCCGCCGCUGACGAAGUCCGACUGUGGGUAUUGCCUCAUCGGCCAGCCGUACCCAGGUUGCGACUACAAUCUCCUGCUGUCCAUGCACGGCGCUGACUGUGGGAAGGUCUGCGGCUACAGCAGCAAGUUCUCCGCCGCCGUGGAAGUGGGCACGCACAAAGGCAAGCCACGCUACCCAUGCUACGUGGACCUGGGCAGGGACAAGGGAGCCCUGCGGCCCGGCACCCUCAACUUCACGGGCACGGACGAGUGCAUGGUGGAAUACAACUCCCAUGGCAAGCCGGGAUCCAGCGGACACCACGCGCGCUUCAUCCCAAAGAAGGCCGAGUCCACCUCCUUCCUUUGCGUGUGUGAGACCGAGUAUGAGGCCACGGCGUGGUACCCCAGAGAGUGGAACGACGAUUACGAGGCCCAGCAGCCCGACGGCAACUGCACCGCCAUUUGUGAAAACAAGGGCAUGUACUCCGUGAGCUUGCCCGGCUUCCACAAUGGCAAGAGGCUUCCCGACGAGCCCAAGUACAUCCCGUAUUCUGUGUGCAGAGCUGUGGGCAAAGACGACGCCUACGAAGGUGGCUACAACGUGCGCGAGAAUGGCCUCAGUCAGUGGUCCGGGUGGUGCCUCACCCCCGAAAACGCCUACGACGAGUACGAGUGCCUGUGUGCACGCGAGUGCGUCCAUCCGGACUGCUCGAGGGGCUAUUCAGAGUCGAACCCCUUUUCUUACAUGGAGGAACAUUUGUUGCUCACGUAA